AUGUUAUCUCUUGCAAUAUCUCUCUAUAUCUCUGAGAUGAGAUUCUCUCUCUCUCACUCACUCACCCGCUCACUCACAAAAGAACUGCCUCUCUCUCUCUCUCUCUCUCUCUCUCUCUCACACACACACACACACACACACUCGCUCACUCACUCACAAAAAGAAAGAACUCUCUCACUCACCAAAAGAAAUUUCUCUCACUCGCAAAAAGAAAGAACUCUCUCACUCACUCAAUCAAAAAGAGAAAUCUCUCACAACCUCUCACUCACUCACUUACUUACAAAAGGAAAAAAAAAACAUCUCUCUCUCUCACUCACAAAGAAGCUCACCAACUCACUCACAAAAAGAAUUCUCUUUCUCUCUCUCUCUCUCUCUCUCUCUCUCUCUCUCUCUCUCUCUCUCUCUGACAAAAAGAAAGAACUCCUUUCAUGUACUCUACUUUAUAUAUCCUUGCUUUAUCAUAAACACUAUUUAUUUAUUUCUUUCUUUCUUUCUUUCUUUCUUUCUUUCUUUCUUUUCGUACAUCCACCUGCCUUCCUUUUGAUUCAAUUAUACUUUUCUUUCUUUCUUUCUUUCUUUCUUUCUUUCUUUCUUUCUUUUCUUUCUUUCUUUUCGUACAUCCACCUGCCUUCCUUUUGA